AUGGCUCGCUUGAAUGCCGCGGAAGUGAGAGCACAGUUACGAUGGCGCAGUUACACCACCAACAAACUACUCUCAGCCACUUCGCUAACAAAAUGGCCAGGUCUGCAAACGAUUGCUCUAACGCAGACACCACUCGGUGACUAUGAUUCUUUGCAUGAUCCUCCCCCAUUCCCAGCAACCUCCUCGCCCCCCUGCCCCUGGCCUUCCGGGACAAACUCGGAAUUCUCCUUGGAGUUUUACAGACCACAGACGGCCUUAGCAUUCUCAGGUGCUCACUUUUCGUUCGGAAGCCUAGCGAAGUGGAUUAGGGUGCGGGGUUUCAACGACUACAAUCGCCAAUUCCACUUGGAAAGCUUGGUAGAUUGCGAGUUUCUAGUUUCCCUGUCUUCAUAUCAGUCGCUUGAAAGGGGAUCUGGGGAUCUUGUUUAUUGGAGCAAACAUCGGCCAACCUGGACAUUCGGGACAUGCUGGACAUGCUGCGUGAGCCAUUCUUUUGGCAUUAAGGAGUCAGAGAUUGACUACCUCGUUUUGAAGCAACAUGUGGUAUUUGAUGUUGCAUUUUCUCUUCCCCCAAGAGCCCCUCUCAGUUCAACCUACAUUUACCUUUUCUUUCCAGAUGCGUAUAAUGGAUCGAAAGAGAAAAAGGACUAA